AUGUCAAGUUACAUUAGGGUUUUGGCACACCGAGCCUCACGCUGGGAUGACUUCAUGAAGGGCGUGAAUAAAGUCAGAAAGUCAAGAAGAGGUGAUUAUGUUGGCCUUAAACAGUACUUGCUUUCAAUAGUUAAUGGAGAUGGCGAGAUCAAAGAUGGACAGUUCAGCACCAUUUUGAAAACAUACCUACCCUACCAGGUUAACAAAAAUAAUGUUUUUCAGUAAUUAAUAUUUUUCACUGCCUUUUGAUUUCUUUCAGUGAAGAGAUUUGUAAGGAAAGGUAUUCCUACAGAACUUCGAGCCCAGGUAACAUGAACUAACUUGUUCCUAUUCCUUUAAACUUUGAGUGUAAUUUAUAAAAUUAUUUUCAAGGCUACCCUUUAAAUGUUGAUUUGCUGAAGUGAACUGUAUGACCAACAAAUUUUUCUUUGCAAUUCAAAUAAUUGACAUUUUCUGUAUCAACCAAUUUUGAUUCUCAACAAGAUGAUUUGGUUUAUCAACUGACAAGGGGCUAACUCUCAAAACAUCAGCUUUUGAAACUCUCUAUGGUGGCCAAUUUACAAUUAUCAACUCAGUCAAUUAUACCAAACAUGUAAUACCCCAUCAAUUCAAGAUGAAAAACCACAGUUUGAAUUUAGAAACUUACCUCUACUUAUGAUUUUCAACAAGUCAUUUUUCCUUCAGGUUUGGGUGGACACCAGUGGAGCAAGGAAGAAAAUGAAGUUAAAUCCUGGCAGCUAUCAAAAAUUAUUGGCAGAAAAUAUAACGAUUGAUGAAAUGACCAUGCACAGCAUACAAACAGGUAUCUCGCAUUACUGUGACACAAGUUAUCAGACUAUGCAAGUAUAUGCAACCAGAGUAGUUUUUAACAUUUUUUGUUUUAAUUUGCCUUAUUUUACAGAUAUUGAUCGCACCUUUCCAGAUAACAUUCGCUUUUCUAGUUCACAAGAUGACCUGAGGCCAGCCUUGUUAAAUGUGUUGAUUGCCUAUGCCAAACACAAUCCUAGAAUAGGAUAUUGCCAAGUAAGUUAUCUUCUCAAACAAUAAUAAUUCUGCUAAACAGAAUCCAAUCCAAAAUGAUUUUGAGUGUUUCUUCAAAAAGAAUUAAGAAUGAGUUCAUUAAGAGUGACUAGUAUCUAAUUUCUCCUUACAAUAUUAUAUUUGAAUCAAACAUUGAGGUCAUGAGAAUUGAGGAAAUGAUCACCAACUAUAGCAGCUGUUGAUUAUUAAACAAAUUCUCCUUUUCAGUACCUUGGGAAAUGUAUUGUGAAUAGUAUGGAGAUUAUGCAUACUGAUGUUAGGCUGUGAAGGGUUGAAGACAAAAGAUUUUUUUAGAGUCCUUUGGAGAAUUGCAAUAUAUAAAAAAAUUUAUAGAUCAAGAUGCAAUUGCAUUAUUAGUAGCAAUUUGCUUUUGAAAUAAUUUGAGGGCUAAUGUAAUUGAUGUAUGUGUAUUUUAACUUGCUACGCCCACUGUCAACUUCCAGAACUUUUCAUACAAGGUGCUCUUAGGAUACUAAUUAUACAACUUUUAUUCAUUGUAAACCCCUUUUAAGAUCUCAUAAGAAAUUCUCCUCACUGUCUUCUAUGAAAUUCUUAUAAUUUUCGUUUGGAGAAUUUGGUAGUACACUUUGUAGAUUGACAUAUAAUCCCCUUAUUGCUAUUAUCUGCUUGAUACUGUUCUGGUAUUGUAAGGAGAAAUUCUGUGUUGGUCACUCAUGGGAGUUUAAGUAUUAAUAAGUUAUUUUUGAUGAACUAAAUUUCUCCUUGGAUGGAUUAACUUUUUUCUAGUAGGUAAAGAAUUAUUAGGGACAUGAGUGUACAGUCAGAACCCUUUAACUCCCAAGAGUGAUUAACAUGUAACUUCUCUCUAUAAUAUCCAUUCCUUAUCCAGCAAAGAGGUAAUGAGAAUUCUCAAACAUAUCAGGUACAGGUUUUUGUUUUGAUCUAACACCAAAUUCUCAUAACUAAGUCACAGGGAAAUGUGUAGCAGCUAGAGAGGAGAAUUAACAAUCAGAUCUUGGGAGUUCAAGGGUUAAGUCUUAUUGUUCUAAUUGUUUAUUAUUCUCUCUUAUAGGGUCUAAACUAUAUUGCCGGAUUGAUGCUUCUCAUUGUUAACAAAGAAGAAGCUGCAUUUUGGCUUUUAGAUGUUAUUGUUGGGAAUCUGUUACCAGGUAUGAAACCUAAGCCUUUGUGUUGUGCAGUGGAACUGCUGCGAGCUGUAACCUUGGACAAAUGAGGAACUUAGAAAAGCUUGAAUGAUUAAAGCCUGUACUAGGAUUUUCUUUUAAGUAAAUGGAUAGAUCUUAUCCAAACUUUAUAGAAUCAGCUUUUUACAUUCAUCUGAUAAAUGCAUCUAUCACUGUUUUUCUGCAGAUUAUUAUGCCAAGGACAUGCUUGGUUUACAAAUUGAACAAGAAACACUUCGUGAAGUAGUUAGGUAAGUAGGUGCAAUUUAACUUAUCUGGCAUCAGCUGUAUAAUUAAUUGAUUGCAACUUUAUAAGUAACCCUAAUUAUAGUUGAAUGAAUGGGAAGAAAAGCUGAUAAAAACAUAAAACAAAGCAAAACAAAAUAACAAACUUGUUAGCUUAACUUCCUUGGAAAUAAAAGCAGAAUGAACAUGAAUUAUUCAGACAAAAGAAUAUUGAAAGCUACAGUAGCAUUCUGUUCAUUAACGAUUUGAAUCAAUGUCAGUAUCUAAGCAACUGCCCACCUACCCCUCCCCCAACCCAACAACAGUCAACUGAUAACAAGUUACACUUGUAGAGUUAGUGUUGGGUUAGGGAAGGGGUAAAUGUGCAGUUGCUCAGUUACUAACAUUGAUCUAAUGAUUUCUUGGAGAGGCACUCAUUUUAAAUUUGUAGCAGUGGUAAGGUAGAUGAAAUUGGUAUUGAGCAUCCUAGGACAAUACUUGUACAUCUUUCAAUUUUCUCUGCUAUCUUUUAAUUUCUGACCCAUCAUGCACUGUUCAGUGCCUUUAAUUAAAAAAAUUUCAGCACUGAAUUAGGAAAUUAAAGUUCAGUUAAAAUAAAUUGCAAAAAGAUCAACUUAUGACAUGUAUAUCCUAUGUAUUGCUUUAAUGUAUAAUUCAUUGUGUGUAUCUCCAAAUGUAGCUAGGCACUGGUAAAUUUUUUUUUAACUUUUAAAUUUUUUUUACCUCUUGUGAAAAAUGCAGAGUAAAGCUACCAGCUUUGUUUGAGCAUAUAGAAAAACUAGGUGUAUCAUACACAAUCUUCUCUACCAAGUGGUUCAUCUGCCUGUACAUCGAUGUGCUACCAAUUGAGGUAAACAAAGUAGUUUUACAUCUGAGGAUAUAUCAUAUUAUCUUACUUUCUCUUUCUCCCCCCCUAUGUGAGAGUAGAAAACUUCACUCACUAGUUCCCUUUUCUGCAGGGUCCAUUCAACUCCUUUACCCACUCUAACGAGGGCUAACUCUCAAAAUAACUGCUGUAGAACUCUCUAUUGUGGCCGAUUUCCCUUAAAGUCAUCAACUUGAUUAAACCAAAUUAGCUUCCCUUGUUACUUUGAUAAAGAUAAGGGUAGAUUCAGCUUAAGAGCCAAAAGACCCUCCAGCCAGACUUAAUCCCAGUUUCAUUAGUGGGAAGUUUCUAGGAGUUUUACAAGUCCUACCCUCCUCUCUCUACCCCCCCUCCCCCUUUGGAUGAAGUGACAGUCUAUUCAAGGUUAAUCCCAGAUUACAACAUUUGUACUCAAUCAUACUCCAUAAGUGGAGAGAAGCACUGUAAAUUUUUUUUUUUUUUUUUACAAUAAAGUGUGACUCAAUAGGUUGCAGCAAGAUAUUGGAGGGUAGAUAAGAUGUCUUGGUUGUAGCUAUGACGGGGAUCCCUGCAUUAAUUUGAUAGACAUUGGACUCAGAGGUCAUGUUCUUAUUUGUUCAUGAGGAAUGUGAAUGGUUGAUAAUGUAUAUCAUUGGUAGAGAGAUAUUGGAAAAAAUGUUUAAGUUCAUGGUAGUUUUCUUUUCUGAUUCCAGACAGUACUUCGCAUCUGGGACUGCCUGUUUUAUGAAGGAUCAAAAGUGAUUCUUAGAGUGGCACUGACACUAUUGAGUCUUAAUGAGGAAAAACUAAUGAAUUGUCAUGAUUUUGCUCAGCUUUGCACAGCUAUGAAGGUUAGUAACUUAAGCAUGUUUUGAGGAAAACCUGCAAGAAAACAGCUGUUACUCUAAACUCAGACAUUAUUUUAUUCUCUCAACUCCAGUACUAGGACACUUUUCACAAUGGGACAAUGGGUUUUGCUGCUGACUACACCCUCAAACAAUUCAUGUUCUUAUCAAAAUGACAUUGUUGUGUCAAUCUACCUUCCAGGAGAAGGUAGAUUGACAAAGUAACUCAAAUUUUGUGAAGGUGCUGCUCCAUUAAAGAAGCUUCUUGACUUUUGACUUCAGGAGAUUACCAAAGGGCCAGCAACAAUGGACUGUCAUAGUUUUAUGGAGGUAAGCAAGACCUGAAAUUCAAACUCCAAAAUAUGUGACUGGUUCCUUGGUGGAUCCCCUUAGUGGGGGAUGUGAAGCCUUUUGGUUUGUGAGACAGAUUCUGGAUUUUAACUUUGGUUUCCAUGUAAAUUAGAAACAAGAAUUUGGUGUUAGAUCAAAAUCACUUUUACCUGAUAAGUUUGUGUAUUCUCAUUACUUAUUUGCUGGAUAAUGAAGGAUAUUAUAUGGAGAAGUUACAUGUAGAUCACAUAACUGGGAGUUAAUAAGUAAACAUUGUGUGAGCAUGCCUGAAGUAAUUAACAAUAAUUUGUUUAAUCCAAUCCACUCUCCCAGCACUCAUUCCACAUGCCAGGCUCUUUUUCAAGAAGAUGGAUAAAAGAGCUGCAAAAAUCUGCAACAGAGAAAAUAUCAGCAGAACAAAAAGCAAGACAACAGUUUACAUGAAGUGAUCUUUUAUCCAUAGAUGUCAUUAUCUUUGGAUGAGUUUCUUGUGGAUGUGAAGUCUUCAGAAAUUUACAGAAAGAGAUUAAUUUGAAGAACUAACUUUUACUAUUCUCUAGAAACUACUGCCUUUGCAUAAUUAAGAGUAAAUUUCACUAAAAUACAAGUAAGACAAACAUUUUUAAGAUGAAAUUAAUAUAUUAUUAAUAGCAUCCUCUCUUUUGAUCAUUUGAGUACAAAUGAAAUGAACAAACUAAAACCAAAAGACUGAAAAUAGUUGAUGUCAAAAAUAUUGAGAAAUCGUCUAUUUCAAGCUGCACAAAGCAAAGAUUAGUGCAAAUAAAUGCAAAUAAAAUGUAAAUGGGUUGUUUUCAAAUAAACGUAUCUUGUAGCAAACAAGCAACUGCGUAACAAGAGACAAGCUAGAGAACAAAGCUACUAAAUCUUUAACCCUGUAACUCCCAAGAUCUGAUUGUUAAUUCUCCCUUCUAGGUGCUACACAUUUCCUUGUAAUUUAGUUAUGAAAACUUAGUGCUAGAUCAAGAUAUUAGCUUCUACCUGAUAAGAUUUAAUAUACUCGUCACCUGUUUGCUGAUUAAUGUACGGAUAUUGUAGGGAGAAUUUUUAUGUCAAUCACUUCUGGGAGCUAAAGGGUUAAGAAUUCGUCCACAAGCCAUCUAAACUAAAACUUUUCCUUAAGAAAGGCAUUAUUUUGCCAUAAAUACAUCUUUCUCCAAUCAUAUUUUUAAAAUGAUCUUAGACCCUUCCACGUGUUAAUAGACAAGAUUGUGUAAUCUUUACUUUGAUAUUUAUUUUGCAGUGAUCGUGAAUUGUUGCACAAGAAUAGUAUUGCUUUAGUCUGUAAUUUAGCCAUACUAGUGGCAGUGAUUGUUGUAUUUUAAAUCAGUUGAAAUAUGACAAUCUAAUACAAUAUAAUUUUUAACUGUGCACCGUACUUCUGUUGUAUGUGGUUCUCAGGCACCACUGUGACAUCUAAGAGACUAUUUUGCAACUGUGACUGUAGAGAUCCAGCCUUUCACUUUGGUUUUCAAGUAAUUGUUUUUAAUCAUUUUAAAAGAAGAACUUACUUGUGAAUUGCUUCA